AUGGACGGGUUCGAGGGCAACAGCGGCGUCAUCGUCGUCGCGGCCACCAACCGCUCGGACAUCCUCGACAGCGCCCUCCUGCGGCCGGGGCGCUUUGACCGCCGCGUGCAGGUGGACCUGCCCGACGUCAAGGGGCGGGAGCAGAUCCUUAACGUGCACCUGCGCAACAAGAAGUUGGACGAGGGGAUCAGCAUUGGCGAGAUCGCCAAGCGCUGCGCCGGGAUGAGCGGUGCCGACCUCGAGAACCUGAUGAACGAGUCUGCCAUCCUCGCGGCCCGCCGCAAUAAGAAGGCCAUCCAGAUGGAUGACAUCAACGACGCCACGGACCGAAUCGUCGCGGGCCUGGAGGGUAGGGCCCUCGCGGACGACGCGCAGAAGAAGCUGUUCGCGUACCACGAGGCUGGCAAGGCGAUUGUGGCCACCCUGCUGCCCCACCACGACCCCGUCGCCAAGAUGACCCUGCUUCCCCGGGGUCAGAAGAAGAGCCUCACCUGGUUCUCCCCAGACCAAGACCAGAGCCUCAUCUCCGCGGCAUCCCUGAAGGCGCGCAUCGCUGGCUUCCUCGGCGGCCGCGCGGCGGAGCAGAUCGUGUUUGGCACCGAGCAGGUCACUACGAACGCCGCCGAGGACCUGAAGCGGGUCGAUCAGGUCGCCCGCGCGAUGGUCACCCAGGUCGGCAUGUCGAGCGUCGGCCAAAUCGCCAUCGACCAGGGUGGGAUGUUCGGUCCGAGCUACUCGGAGGACCUGGCCUCGAAGAUCGACAUGGCCAUCAAGGAGCUGUCCGACGAGGGGUACCUCACGGCGCUCAAGAUUAUCGUCAACAACCGCGGCUGCCUCGACGAGCUCGCGGACGAGCUGUACGAGAAGGAGACCCUUGCCGCAGACGAGAUCAAGGAGAUCGUCUCGAAGUUCACGGAGAUUCCCGAGAAGCUUGCCGCGGUGUGA